AUGGCAUCAGCCCCGAUCGCUCUUUUAUCUGUCUAUGACAAAACUGGCUUGUUGGAACUCGCCACUGCGCUGCACCAGAGUGGCAUCCACUUGCUGGGCUCGGGAGGAACAGCAAAAAAGAUUAGAGAUGCUGGAAUUCCAAUAGAGGAUGUCUCUGAUGUGACCAAAGCUCCCGAGAUGCUGGGAGGACGUGUCAAAACCCUGCAUCCAGCGGUUCAUGGAGGCAUUCUUGCGCGCUCCAUCCCGGCGGACCAAAAAGAUCUCGAAGCAAACGGUAUCGCACCAAUUACCAUUGUCGUCUGUAACCUAUAUCCCUUUACGGAAACCAUUUCAAAAGAGGGUUGCACACUCGCUGAUGCCGUCGAGGAAAUCGAUAUUGGAGGUGUCACGCUUCUGCGUGCUGCGGCGAAGAACCAUGCACGAGUCUCCGUGCUCUCCGACCCCAGGAUUACCAAGAGUUUGUCAAAUGCAUUCGAAAUGACGUCGCGAUACGACGAGGCCAUUAGCGGGUACUUUAGGCAGCAAUACGCGUCUGCUGAUCUCAGUCCCGAAAACUUGCGGGUCCCAUUCAGCGACUUCCUCUUCGCUAUGGAGCAAAUCCUCACCAAAAGCCUGCUCAGGCAUUCAUCCAAGGUCGGCCACUGCCAUUCAAAGGUUAUUCUCUGUGGGUCGCCCGGGUACAUCAACCUACUUGAUGCCCUCAAUUCUUGGGCAUUGGUCAAAGAGCUCUCCGAAGCGCUCAAACUCCCCGCCGCGGCAUCCUUCAAGCACGUUUCUCCAGCAGGGGCCGCCGUCGGUCUCGAGCUAAGCGACGUUGAGAAAAUUGUCUAUGGAGUUGAGGAUCUCAAAGAGCCUCUUACGCCACUUGCUAAUGCAUAUGCGCGCGCAAGGGGUGCGGAUAGAAUGUCGUCUUUUGGCGACUUUAUUGCACUGUCCGCGGAAUGCGAUUUGGCCACCGCUCGCAUCAUCUCGAGGGAAGUGUCCGAUGGUGUGAUCGCUCCUGGAUAUUCGGAGGAAGCACUUGCAGUCCUCAAGAAGAAAAAGGCGGGCAAGUACUGUGUGUUACAGAUGGACCCGGCGUACGUGCCAGAGAACAGUGAGACACGCCAAGUAUAUGGUAUAUCGCUUCAGCAGAACAGGAAUGAUGCGCAGAUCAACGCAGACCUGUUCAAGAACAUUGUGACGGCGGAGAAAGAGCUCCCUGAAUCUGCCGUAAUCGACUUGAUCGUCGCAACAUUGGCGUUGAAGUAUACGCAAUCGAACAGCGUCGCGUACGCCUAUCAUGGCGCCAUUAUCGGUCUGGGUGCCGGUCAGCAGUCCCGCAUCCACUGCACGAGACUUGCUGGAAGCAAAGCCGACAACUGGUGGAUGCGCCACCAUCCGCGUGUCCUUGCUUUGCCUUUCAAGGCUGGUACCAAGCGAGCUGACAAGGCCAACGCGAUUGACCUCUUCGUGACGGGUGAAGUUCUGGAAGGCGGAGAGAAGAAGCAAUGGGAGAGUCUGUUCGAGGCAGUCCCAGAGCCAUUGUCGGCCAAGGAAAAGGAGGAGCACGCCGCCACGUUGACAAACGUCGUGUGCUCCAGCGACGCAUUCUUCCCAUUCUCGGAUAAUGUCCACAGAGCGAGAAAGAGUGGUGUCAAGUAUUUGGCGGCGCCGUCUGGAAGUGUAAUGGACGCCGAGUGCAUCAAGGCUGCAGACGAGCACAAGAUGGUCUUUGCACACACCAACUUGCGGCUGUUCCAUCACUAG